AUGGCAAAGGAAAUAAUAAUUGGUAUUGAUUUAGGUACAACUAACUCUUGUGUAGCAGUUGUAGAAAAUGGAAGUCCAAAAAUUCUUGAAACUAAUGACGGAAAAAGGACAAUUCCUUCUGUAGUAGCUUUUAAAGGAGAUGAAAUAGUUGUAGGUGAUAGUGCUAAGAGACAAAUGGUGACAAAUAAAGACACUAUUGUUUCUAUUAAGAGACUUAUUGGUACAGGUAAAAAGGUUAGUGCAAGAGGAAAAGAGUUUACUCCUGAAGAAAUUUCUGCCUACAUUCUUAAACAUAUUAAGAAAUAUGCAGAAGAUAAGCUGGGUCAAACUGUACAAAAAGCUGUUAUUACCGUUCCUGCUUACUUCAAUGAUUCAGAAAGACAAGCAACAAAAAAUGCUGGAACAAUUGCUGGUCUUGAGGUUGUACGAAUUGUAAAUGAGCCUACUGCUGCUGCCUUAGCUUACGGUAUUAAUAAUUCAGAUAAGGAGCAAAAAAUUCUUGUUUAUGACUUAGGUGGAGGUACUUUUGAUGUAUCUGUUCUUGAUAUGUCUGAUGGUACUUUUGAGGUUUUAGCUACUUCAGGAGAUAAUCAUUUGGGUGGUGAUGAUUGAGAUCAAGCUCUUAUGGAUUGAUUGCUUAAGGAGAUUAAGGAUGAACAUGGUAUUGACUUAACUAGGGAUUCUCUUGCCUUACAAAGAAUUAAGGAUGCUGCUGAAAAAGCAAAGAUUGAACUUUCUUCUGUAAGUCAAACACAAAUUCUUCUUCCUUUCUUAUCCAUGGUAAAUGGACAGCCUUUAAAUGUGGAUAAAACUGUUACGAGAAUACAGUUUGAAUCUCUAACAAAAGAACUUCUGGCGAGAACAGAAAAACCUUUCUUGGAUGCUCUUAAAGAAUCAAAAUUAUCUGCUUCAGAUAUUGAUCAAGUACUUCUUGUUGGUGGGUCCACAAAAAUGCCUGCAGUACAAGAGCUUGUGAAAAGGCUUUCAGGAAAAAAUCCUAAUCUUUCUAUUAACCCUGAUGAGGUAGUUGCUCUUGGAGCUUCUGUUCAAGGGGCUAUUCUUGCUGGAGAUAUAAAAGAUAUAUUGCUUCUUGAUGUUACCCCUUUAACUCUAAGUAUUGAAACACAAGGCGGGAUUGCAACACCUUUAAUCAAAAGAAAUACAACUGUUCCUGUAGAAAAAACUCAAAUUUUUUCUACAGCUGCAGAUAAUCAACCUUCUGUGGAUAUUCACGUGGUUCAAGGGGAACGACCGAUGGCCAAUCAAAAUAAAACUUUAGGUGUGUUCCAAUUGGAUGGAAUUGCUCCUGCUCCACGAGGUGUUCCUCAAAUUCAGGUUACUUUCUCCAUAGAUGCAAAUGGUAUCUUGAAAGUUAAAGCAGAGGAUAAAGGUACAGGUAAGGUAAAUUCCAUAACAAUUAACCAAUCUUCUGGUCUAACAGAUGAGGAAAUCCAAAGAAUUAUUAAGGAAUCAGAGGAAAAUUCAGAGAAGGACCAGAAAGCAAAAGAAGCUAUAGAGGUUAAAAAUGAAGCAAGUUCUUGGAUUUCAAUGAUUGAAAAACAAUUGGCAGAAAACAAAGAAAUGACUGCAGAACAGAGAAAAGAUGCUGAGUCUACAGUUGAAGAAUUCAAAACCUUGAUAAAAGAGGAAAAAAUUGAUGAACUUAAAUCCAAAAUGGAUGCUAUUAAAAAGUUAAGUCAACAAAUGGCUCAAUAUAUGAAUGCUAAAGGAGAUUCUAAAUCCGAGGGAGAAGAUAUUAAAGAGGCGGAAGUUGUGGACUCUACGGUAGACGGAGGUUACAUAGAGAUUGAAACUCCAAUUCUUGAAAAUACAUAUGGAGGAGCUAAUGCAAUUCCAUUUGUAACUCGAUAUGAAGCUCUUAAGCAAGAUUUUUUUCUGAGAAUAGCUACAGAAAUUCCACUUAAAAAAGCGGCUAUAGCGGGAUUUUCUAAAGUAUUUGAGAUUGGAAAAGUGUUUAGAAAUGAGGGAAUAGAUAGCACUCACAACCCUGAAUUCACUUCAAUAGAGAUUUAUACAGCUAAUUUAAAUCUCUCAGAAACCAUGGAUUUAACUGAGAAUAUAUUCAAGAGAUUGUCUUUGUCUCUUGCAAUUCAAGAAGUAAUGAUCGAUGAUACUCAAGUUCAAUUCGCUGUUCCUUUUAAUCGAGUUUCUAUGGCUGAACUUGUAAGUAAAAGGGUGGGUGUUGAUUUUUAUGCGGAAAAUGUGAGUUUGGAACAAGCUUUAAAAAUUGCAGCAGAUUAUGAAAUUGAUUUGCAGCCAUUUGAAAAAACUGUAGGACACAUAUUUCAAAAAUUAUUUGAUGAACUUAUUUCUGAUUCCCUAAAAGAACCUACUUUUGUGUAUGGUUUUCAUAAGGAUGUUUCUCCACUUGCAAAAGAGGAUCCAGAAAAUCAUAACUUUACUUUAAGGUAUGAACUUUAUAUAGGGGGAAUGGAGUUUUCAAAUGGAUUUGCAGAAUUAAAUGAUCCUGAUGAUCAGAGAAAUAGAUUUGAAAAACAACAAGAAGAGAGAAAAGAAGGAAAUAAAGAAGCUUUUGGGGUUGAUGAAGAUUUUUUAUUUGCUUUACAAUAUGGUCUUCCUCCUACAGGGGGAAUUGGCAUAGAUGGUUAUUCAGAAGAACAAGUAGUAGAAAUCAUAAAUCUUGUAAAGAAUUAUGGAUUUAAGUUUCAAAGCUAUAUGGCAAUCAAGAAGUUUUAUGACAGUUAUGCUCUCAAAACGGAUGAUAAAAGUUUUGGAUUCUCCUGUUUAAAAAAUUUAAAACUCGCAACUACUGCGCAACUACUGCGCAACUACAAACAGAAGUUAUUCCCAAUCCCCAAGUAA